AAGGACUCGGAUUGUAGUAAUUGAGUUUUUCGCUUUACCGGUUUAUCGUACUGGUGUAGUUUCAUUUGGUUUCGUUAUCUUUUACUUACCAGCGCCAAAACAAACACAAAAGAUGGGUGAAGUUGUCCAAAGCUGUUUCCGCGGGCUUUGCCAAGCUGUUUGCGGCACGGAGAUGGAUGCUUCGGCCCCUUCGUCUGGUGCUAAUGCGCCGAACGUCAAGUCGCUACGGGAGCUCGUUCACGAAGAAGUGAACAGUAUGAAGACUGCCACGUCGCCCGACCGGCGGCUACGCGCAACAAGCGACCGGGCGUCGCCUUCAGACGGCGGAAGGCCCGAUCUGCCGAGCAGUCCUGCCGCAGGUAUCAACAGUGUAGUACAUGACAGCCAGGCGCCGUCGACUGCGAGUUCGCCUGAGAAGGCGGGUGACAGGAAUAUGAUCCCAGGAUCAAGUAGGAACUCGGUCAAUCAGGCGAUCAGCCUACAGUCGCUGCUUCUAAACCAGUGUCCGUCCCGCAAGCUGGAUAGGUUCUACGAUGUGACGAAGGCGGACAAGAUUGGGGAGGGCGCGUUCGGGGAGGUGUUCAAGGUGCGGCACAAAAUCACCGACCAGCUGCGAGUGGUGAAACGAAUCAAAUUGCAGGAGGAAGAGGACCUGUCCCAGGUGGCCAAGGAGCUUAUGCAGCUUCGCAAAUUAUAUGUGUUUUUUCUUGUCGCUCUAGCGUCUGCGUGCACGACUAUCCGCAGGCAGUUCAUGGCUUUUCUGCAUGAGGUUUUUGCGAUAAGCAGCCGUACUUUGCUCGCGUGGCUUAAGUGCGUCGAAAGGCUGCAGCUGCUGCAUGAAUAUGAAAUGUGAAGCCAAAUCUUCUACAACUAAAGAAACCACAUAUAAUUUGUAGUGCAUAGAGCUCUCCGUGGUGCUGAACCUGGACCACCCAAACGUGAUCAAAUGUUUUGACUGGUUCGAGGAGGAGCGCGUGCUGUACAUCGUGUUCGAGCUGUGCGAGGGCGGGGAGUUGGUGGAGUUGCUGGUGCAGAACAAAACCUCCCACAACGCCGACAAAAUGUUCGUAGAGGAGGACCAGCGACCCGCGCUGACCGACGUCAUGGCACAGAUCUUCACCGGCGUUGCCUACUGCCACGCGCUGCACAUCGUGCACCGGGACCUGAAACUUGAGAACUGCCUGCUGAAAAAGCGGUGGCGCCGCUCGUCCGUCACUUCUUCCUCGUCAGCAACGGGGGGCGCGAGCAGUGGUAGUGCUACACUACACAAUGCAGCUUCUGCUGCGUCCUCUUCUAGACCAGCCACGGUCGUGGCGAAAGACGAAAGAAGAGACAGCGCUGUCGGCACGUCGGGGCGGGUGGAACCGAGUUAUACAGCGACUACCAAUACCGUGAAGAUCAUCGACUUCGGGUUAUCGGCGAUCAAUGCGAAGGGGAAAAAGAAGCUGAAGGCGCAACUAGGAACCCCGUUCUUCAUCGCGCCGGAAGUGAUCAACACCAAAGUGGACUACGGCGAGAAGUGCGACAUCUGGGCGUGUGGCGUGAUGCUGUACAUCAUGUUGACGGGCCAGCACCCGUUCUACACGCGGGAGUGCAACGCGAAGGGGAACCACAACCGGAAAAAGGGCACACAAAACCUGUUCCGCCGGGUCCAGUCCGAGCCGCCGCACGCGAAACCGAUGGAGGUGCUUUCUAGCGCGGCUCGGGCCCUGAUAACCGCCUGCCUGCAAAAGGACCAGACGUUGCGCCCGAGCGCGGAGGAGUGCCUGCGCCACGAGUUCUUCGAGCGCGCGCGCCGGGCUUCGGCGGUGUCGCUGAACAGCAGUGGUGGGUCCUCGUCGCUGAGUCCGGGGAUCAUGCGGCGCGGGACAACCAACAACUUCUCCGCCAACACGUGGGCACGCAACGCGAUCGAGUUUUUACGCGCCGACAAGUUUUCCCGCAUUUUUUUCGUGAUCGCGGCCCACCAGGCCGCGCGAAAGGACGUCGAGGAGCUGCAGGAGGCCUUUCUGGCGGUGGACCAGGACCGGUCGGGUGUCUUGUCCAAGGCGGAGCUGCAGGAGGCGCUGUUUUUGGAGGACACCACGAUCACGAUGAGCGACACCGAGUUUGACGCGUUGUUUGAACAGCUGGACUAUGGAUUGCAAACAUGUCUGGGUCUGGAAGAAUACAAACUUGCGAUGCGCAUUUCAGAACACAGAAAAAGCUCUCAUGCAUAGGUAGCAAAAGCUGCCCACUUUCUGUCACCAAAGUGGAGGAUUUGUGAUGCGGAUUCGGCAUUGCGGAAGCUUCUCGAAACCUGUGAUGCUAGAGCUUCCAUGCCAGACCUUCUGUGUCAUGCAAAAACAGCAUGACUCUUCACUUCCAGACCCAGACAUAUUUGCAUUUGAUAUGGACGCGGACGGCACGGGCACGGUCACCUACACCGAGUGGCUCGCCUCCGUCUUCGAAAGGAGCUUACUGAAGCAGGAAGAAACCAUCCAGAAAGCCUUCCAGUAUUUCGAUCUGGACGCGUCCGGGGAAAUCUCCUUUGAGGAGCUGUCCACGGUGUUGGGAAACGACGAGGAGGAGGCGGGGCGGAUCCUGAAAAAGUUGGACACCAACAAAAGCAACAGCGUCUGCUACGAAGAGUUUAAGAAAUUCGUUCUGGAAUUGGCAUGAAAAAUUUCAUCGACUCUGGAGCAGCAUUUUUUACGCACACGUGGCCUCUACUCUAGUUCGUACAGUAGCAUCAAGGGCAGCCUCAUCUGCGGGGCCCUGUGGUUCUGCUGAGCCAGUUGCAGGGUCUUGGUGAGCAGUUCGGAAAUUAGGUAAAACGCUGUAAGAUUGUGAGCUAGUACACAGUUUCAGUUCUUCCAGAUCUCUUACUACUUCUUUUAUAU